AUGUCCACUCACUCAGUCCAGCCGUCUGGGCCAUUUGGAUCCUUGGAUGAGUAUCUCAAAGCUCGAGAGUCGCUUGUGAAGGCUGAAAAGGCUCAUGGAUAUGAAAGUCUGAUCCAAAGGACGACUCUGGAGACGUCGGCUGAAGAGAUUAUUCAGCGCCUUAAGGACUGGGAAGACAAAAAUGUCUACGGCAUUAAGAGUGACGGCUCCGGACACGAAGCUGGCCAUCGUUUUUUUCAUGGCUUAGAUCUUGUCCCAGAGAGCAAACUAUUCGAUGUUGCUACCAAAGCUCCUAAGGGCUGUCUUUUACAUUGCCACUAUGACUGUCUGCUGCCUCCCGAUACUGUCCUCAGCGAUGCUAGGAAUCAGCCGAAUCUCUAUAUCAAAUCAGAUGUUCCCUUAAUUUCGGAAGGACUCUUCUCUUAUGCCUUGCCCCAAUUCGACGUGUUUAGCCAAGAUAUACAGCUGACCGAAUCCACCAACUUGUUCAGCAAGACUUAUGUUGCUGGAUCUUGGAUGCGAUAUUGCGACUUUUUGAGCAUGUUCCCGGGCGGGGCAGAGAAAGCUGAAUCAUGGCUAUACAAGCGGAUGGUCUUGCAACCAGAUGACGCCUAUCAUCCUAAGCAGACAGUGAACGGUAUUUGGCAGCAAUUUAUUCGGGCAGUUACAGUCAUCCGAUCAAUGCUGGGCUAUGAGACCGCUUACAGAGAGCAAUUCCGAAGAGUGCUAUGGAAGUUUGCUCAAGAUGGUAUUAUGUACGCCGAGAUUCGAGUGGCCCUCAAUUAUGGGUUUGCCAUUAAGUCUGACGAUGGUACCCGAGAACUGAAGCAGAAGGAAGCUUUGGGGAUUUUCCAGCGGGUGUUGGCAGAAGAAGUCCCAAAAAUACACGCUGCGGGGCAUGUAUUCUACGGCGUCAAGGUUAUUUAUGCAUGCAUGCGAUCUUCGUCUAGAGAAGCUAUGCUGUGGUGUAUGGAUAACUGUAUCGAAAUGAAGCAACUGUUCCCCGACCUCAUUUGCGCAUUUGAUAUGCAAGGACAAGAAGACUCUGGACACCCGCUUUCUUACUGGGUUUCUGAUCUUAUCGCAAUGCGUGCUAAAAUUACAGCAUUGAAUCUCGAUCUUCCAUUCAUAUUCCAUGCCGGUGAGACGCUUGAUCAUGGAGGAGAAACUGAUUCCAACUUGUAUGAUGCCAUUCUUUUAGAUACCAAGCGUAUCGGGCACGGCUUCAGCAUCACCAAGCACCCGCUUCUAAUGCAAAUUUGCAAAGAAAGACAGAUUGCAAUUGAAACAUGCCCUAUAUCCAACGAAGUAUUGGGAUUAGUCCCGACAACGAAGUCCCACCACUUGCCCGUACUUCUGGCGAAUUGCGUCCCUUGCACUGUCAACAGCGAUGAUCCUGGAUCUUGGAAAGCGAGCAUGCUGUCUCACGAUUUCCACCAAGCGAUGAUGGGGAGUGAAAACAUGUCGCUCCUGGGUUGGCGGACCAUUGCCGAAUGGAGUAUUACCUAUAGUUGCGUAGAUGCAGCGACAAAGGAGAAAAUGCUCGGCGAAUACAGCAAAAUAUGGACUGAAUUCUGUCAAUGGAUUGUUGACGUAUACGGAGAAGCCUAG